ACCGCCUUUCCUUUCUUUUGUAACUCUUAAAGCACGCGUGUGCGCUAGAGCUCAAGGACCCUAUUCACUACUGCCAAGUCGGUCGCAUACAGCGAAACGUUGUACGACGGUGCCGACCUUCAACAGGAAGUGUUGUGUACCCCGUCUGACGAAACAGACGGAACCCAUGUAACCGACGACCGCCAAAAAAAAGAGCGCUAACUUUUCCCCGGAUAUAGAAAAGCCUUUUCAGUUUUUUUAAUUGUGUGUUUCUUUUUUUUCGAAAAAAAAGGGAACAAGGAAAUCAUGAAAGGAAGAUGAAUCAACAUGAUCCAGCAACGUACCCGCCCAAUCAAGACACGAUUGAACCUACGUUGUUUGAUUCCGAGCCGCCGCAGUCCCCCAUUCCAACCAAACGACAACGAAAUCCAACAACUGAUGACGGGCUUACAGAAUCACAGGUGGAUUUGGCUGUCACCAUGUUGGGAUCGUUGUUGGAUUCAUCACAAACAAACAUGCAUGGCAGCCUGAUGACAGCGUAUCUCGUUUUUAUUGAUGUACUACUGCAUGAUCUGAUGGGGUACCGAGUGAUGAAAGUGUAUAUGGCCCUCUUCCAUCACGACGAUAUUAUCGACGACGUUGACGAGCAACAGGCCAAUCAAUUGCGCUCACGUUUCCAUGCAGCCGGUAUCGUAUUUCGGUCGCUACAAUGGGUCGAUUCAAUAUUUGCGCGCGUAUACACCAAAUUUCUCGAGAUCAAUGCACAAAAACAACGAAAAGACCACGGUCAGUUCUAUACGCCUCAAAGAAUCGUUCAAUUCAUGUGGAGUUGUUGCCUGCAACAACGCCAGUGCAACGAUCCAGCACUGUCGCUUGUUCGUGUGCCCCGAGUUUUUGAUCCAUGCAUGGGCAUGGGUGCUUUUCUAUGCGAAUUCUUGACGCGACUGAUCGACGCGUGCACUGCAACCCCGUCUGUAUGGAAUAAUGCCGAAUAUCUGAAAUACAUGUUAUGCCACGCAAUUCCAGAGAAUCUGUGGGGUGUCGAGAUUGAUCCUUUUGCAUUCAAGCUCGGGAAACUCAAUGUGCUGGUCCACUUGUUUCCGCUUUACAAACGGAUCACCGAACUACAUGAGCUUGGCACGCCACACUCAACAACGACGACGAUGAUGAUCAACCGACUCCACUUGUUCUGUAAUGACACGCUCAAACUGUCACUUGAUAACAUUGCGUCCCCAUGGGAACGUAACGAACUGACGCGACUACGUGAUGCAACGCACCUCAAGUUUGACUACAUUGUAACAAACCCGCCUUACAUGAUCCGAAAAACGGGGCUGGUAACGGAACCCGAUCCUGCAUUGUACGAUAGUCAGGUGUUGGGCGGUCGGGGCGCACAGGCAUACCUCUACUUUAUGUGGAUCUGUAUGCAGCGAUGCAAUCCCACUACUGGUCAGAUAUGUCUGAUCACGCCGAGCCAAUGGCUGGUACUUGAGUUUGCACGACAUUUGCGCGCAUGGAUGUGGCAGCACUGUCAGCUUUUGAGCAUGUAUCAGUUUGAACCAUACAAGGUGUGGCCCAAGGUGCAGACCGACUCGCUAAUUUUUCGACUACGCAUGCGACGUUUACAAAAUCAUGAUUUGCUUUCACCACCACCACCACCAGCAAACGAUAAGAUUUUGUUUUUGCGACAUAUGUCUAGAAAGGCAAAACUAGACGACAUACUCGAUGCAUAUACCCAUUUUGACGGCAGUCGCAUCAGUGAUGAUCUCCUUCAAAAAGAUACACUAAGCUACAACAACAACAACAACAACAACAACAACAGUGACAAUAACAAUAACAACGACCCUCUUCUCAAGUACAAAUGGACGAGUGCUGACAAUGUGGACCGAAUACGGCAAUCACCCAAUGCCUCAUUUGCAUUCUUGUCACCCACAUCCAGAUUAUCAGACCAACUUAACGAUAUCACUAGCAGCUUGCCACGCAUAUGCGAUAGCGACGAUGCACCAUUGGAAUUUCAUCGCGGUCCCAACACCAAUCCGGUGUAUGCGCUAGUAGUCAGAACACAAUGGGCACGUCAAACGUUUGGACAAAAGUGCUGCGAUCGAUGGCUACGUCCAGCAUUUUACUGGAGUGGCAAGAGCCAAGGCACAGACAAGGAAAGCACAUUCUGGUUAAACCGCGAUCCACUACGUCUUACACGCAAAGAAACAUCACCGGCAGAAGCGUAUGUGCCCUUGUAUCGAACAGACGAAAAUAACGAACCUUUUUAUUCAAUGAUUUUGGUCGACAAGGAUGAUGCUGAGAAACUCGAGAAAGAAGCUCCCCAGCAGUAUGCAGCACUUUAUCAGUAUUUGAGCGAAGCACGUGCAGCAUUGCAGAGCAACAGGGAUGAUCGCAAGAUUGCUUGGUGCCACUAUAACAAGUGUGGCGUGGAUGUGCCCGUCAAAAUCGUCCAUCCAAUCAAUUAUGGCUAUUUCACCAAAUCGCAGCCACGCCAGCGGUUUUUCAUGGACAGAAACCAGCUUUGCUUGACGAAUCAGUGCAUGUAUUUCACGACAAAAAGCAGCAACACCGUGUCACCACCAGCAGAGUAUUUUUGCGGCCUAUUGAACUCGAGCGUGAUCCAGUUCUUUAUCAAGGAACAUUGUUCGUAUGAUCAGCAAGGCCGGACACGGUUUUUCGGAAAACACUUGGCGAAUAUCCCGUGUCCAUUGUCGCCAACACAACAGGAGGAUCACAUUAUGGCGCAUUUGGUACAUCUAGUAUCGACGGCCCGGAUACGGAUCUAUACUGUGGUAGAGGUGACAAAACUGCAAACGCUGAUGGAAAAGUUGCGUGGAGGGAGCUGGGAUCUUUCCGUGACCGAUAUCGACUGUCUGCGACAGUUUGAUCACCACGUGCAGCAGCAUUGGCGGCAAGCGCUUGAAUGGGAUGAUCAGGACCGUUAUCCAACUCUGCUCGAUGCAGUUAUUCGAACAUUACAGCGUGCGUCUUUAUGCCAGUAUGCCAUUGAUCACCUAGCAUACGCACUUUAUCAAAUCCCACAAGAACUACAAGGGUCUUUGGAAUCCGAGUUGAAUUUGACCACACUGACUGCAAAUUGGCAUAAACAUUUGGAACAGUUCAAUCUGGCUCAAGUCGCUGACGACCGAGCGUCCUGGGGACGUUGUAUGAUAGAGAUGAUUAACAGUAUUUAGUAUUUAGUAAUUAUUGAACAAUGUAUUCUUUCUUUAGCUAAAAAGAAACACCAAUGUACUUAAUUAUACAUCUAAAAGAACAAGAGAUAAAGAGGAAGAAACAUGAA